AUGUCUGGCCUCAGUACUCUGCGUCGACUCUUCACCGCAAAACACUCCUCCAUCACCGCCGCACCCUCCUCCAUCACCGCCGCCACAAGCACAGCUAUCGAAUCCGAAUCCAUGUACAAGCGCAAACGGGGACGCGUGACGCCAUCUUUCCACACGCUCCCCAUCGACUACGAAACGCCGGAAGGAAUGCGAAACGUGGUAGACAAGUUCAAGAGGCUUUGCAAAAACAAGUACUUCCGGCGAAGUGUUGGCAUCUACACCGACGUUGUACGCAAGCUUGCGAAGGCCAAGGCCUUCCCUUUGAUCGAAGAGAUCAUUGAAGCCCAAAAGCAGUACAAGGAGAUUACCACCGAGGGCUUCAUUGUUCGCCUCAUCAAUCUCUACGCAAAAGCUGGCAUGCCUGACCACGCCCGCAAACUGUUCGACGAAAUGCCAAACCUUAAUUGCCCUGGCAAAAACUUGGCCUUCUCUUCCCUCAUCAAUGCUUACGUCGCUGCCGGGCAAUACGACGUUGCCGUGGGGCUUUUCCGUGAAAUCAGCGCCAAAUAUUCGAUUCAACCCGAUGUGGUGUCGUUUAAUGUUUUCAUUCACGCAUUAUGCAAGAUGGAUUCUUUGGACUCUGCUGUUGGGGUUCUUGAUGAGAUGGGUGAGCUGGACUUGGAGCCUAAUUUGAUCACUUUUAAUACUCUGCUUGGUCAGUUUUAUGAGAAGCGUGGGCUUGAUGAGGGUGAGAAGAUUUGGACAAUGAUGAAGACGAGGAAUGUUGAGCCUGAUGCUGUGAGUUACAGGCUGAGGAUGGGUGGGAUGGUUGGUGAUGGCAAAUUAAAGGAUGCCGUAGAGUUGUUUCAUGUGAUGAAGUUGAGCGGGGUUAACCCUGAUGUGCAUUGUUUCAAUGUGUUGGUUAAAGGGUUUGUUGGUGAUGACAAUGUUGAAGAAGCCAAGGUUUGGUAUGAUGAGUUGGUGAAGAGUGAAUGUGAACCUGUUCGGUCUACUUAUGUUACUCUUGCGCCAUUUUUUACGGAGAAGGGUGAAUUUGAUUUGGCUUUUCAGCUGUGCAAAGAUGCUAUGAAAGGUAGUAGAUUGGCUAUUGAUGCAGAGGCAUUGAAGCAGGUGGUUGAGGGGUUUGUUGCCAAAGGGAUGAUUGAAGAAGCUAUUGAGCUUGUCAAUCUUGCGGGAAAGAAGAAGUUGGAAGUUUGA